AUGAGAGCGGAGAGCAAGCGGUACCGACGACUGUGGGAGCUGGCGGACCGAAUGCUGGAGAUGUUUAGUCGCAGAGUGUUGGAGGGAGAUCGGUCACUUGGUUGGGGGGAUAACGAGAGUCUUAAGACGUUGGAUAUGCGCUGCCGAGGUGACGCGUGGGACGCCUGUCGAUCUGGAGACGUGGAGCGGCUGGAAAUGAUCGUUACAGUCUACGGCUGCUCGACGGAAGAAUGGGAACUGAGUGAGUUGAAGCGAACGAUGCUGCACGAGGCGUGUGAGAAUCAGCAAUUGCAGGUUGUGAAUUUUUUACUGUCCACAAUGAACAUGCCCGUGCUAGCUCAGGAUGCUUCGGGAUGUACGGCGCUGCAUUGUGCAGCACGACGAGGCUUCCUUGAUGUCUGCCGG